AUGGCCGCCCGCUGUCCCAACGCCAUUCAACUGAAAACCUCCCGACUCCGGCUCCGCUGCGCCUUCGCGGGACCCCGCACCACCUGGUCUCCCGGAGGCGUGUCCUCUGGCGCCCCACCGAACCCUCAUUUGCAUGGGGCGGUCUCCUCCGCUGUGCGCUUCCCCGGCGUCGCCAUCUACUUGGCGGAGCCGCGCAUGGGCCGCAGCCGCCGGGCCUUCCUCACGCGCCUGGCGCUCUCCAAGGGCUUCCGCGUGCUGGACGCCUACAGGUGCGGGGUCCUGGGAGGUCGCCUGUCUGGGGGCGGGGCCGAGGCCAUCCGCUGGCAGGAGGGCAGGCCGGCCCCGCCCACAGGUGGCACCCCCCCGGCCCUGCUGGACAUCAGCUGGUUCACAGAGAGCAUGGCAGCUGGGCAGCCGGUCCCUGUGGAGGGCCGGCACCGCCUGCAGGUGGCUGUGCCGAGGGAGGUGCUGCCAAACCCAGUGUGGAUGCCACUCUAUGCCUGCCAGCGUCCCACGCCCCUCACACACCACAACGCCAGCCUCUCGGCGGCGCUGGAGACGCUGGCAGAAGCCGCGGGCUUUGCAGGCAGCGAGGGCCGCCUCCUUUCCUUCUCCAGAGCAGCCUCCGUGCUCAAGGCGCUGCCCUGCCCCGUCACAGCCCUGAGCCAGCUGCAGGGCCUGCCCCAUUUCGGAGAACACUCCUGCAGGGUCAUCCAGGAGCUGCUGGAACACGGAGUGUGUGAGGAGGUGGAGCGAGUCCAGCGCUCAGAGCGGUACCAGAGCAUGAAGCUCUUCACCCGGAUCUUCGGAGUCGGAGUGAGGACUGCUGACCAGUGGUACCGGGAAGGACUGCGGACGCUGGACGACGUCAGGAAGCAGGUGCAGAGACUGACCCAGCAGCAGAAAGCAGGCCUCGAGCACUACCAGGACCUGAGCAGCCCUGUCCAGCGGCCAGAUGCCGAGGCCCUGCGGCAGGUGGUGGAGGCGGCCGUAGGGUGGGCCCUUCCUGGGGCCACCGUCACACUGGCUGGUGGCUUCCGGAGGGGGAAGUUGCAGGGCCAUGAUGUGGACUUCCUCAUCACCCACCCCGAGGAGGGCCAGGAGGUGGGGCUGCUGCCCAGGGUGAUGCACUAUUUGGAGCAGCAGGGCCUUGUCCUGUAUCAGCAGCAUCAGCGCAGCCCCAGUGGAGACCCUGCCCGCCUGGUUCUGAAGGGCCACUCCAUGGACACCUUUGAGCAGAGCUUCUGCAUAUUUCGUCUGCCAAGGCCCCCAGGGACAGCCAAGGGGGGGACCUGGAGUCCCCACCCCUCCUGGAAGGCUGUGCGUGUGGACCUGGUGGUCGCCCCCAUCAGCCAGUUCCCCUUUGCCCUGCUGGGCUGGACUGGCUCCAAGCAUUUUGAGCGGGAGCUCCGCAGAUUUAGCCGGAAGGAGCGGGGUCUGUGGCUGAACAGCUGUGGGCUGUUUGACCCGGAGCAGGAGACCUUCUUCCACGCGGCUGCCGAAGAGGACAUCUUCAGACGCCUGGGCCUGGCGUACCUUCCCCCCGAGCAGAGAAACGCCUAAGCCCCGCUGCGGCCCUCAGCCCUCCUCGGGGUGGGGGCUGCUCGGGCAGCCAGCUCAUGGAUGCCCUUGGACACUGACCAUCUGCAGGC